UAGUAUUUAGUGAGGGGCAUGUGACUGAAGUAAAUUUAAACUUGGCACUAAUCCAGUGACAUCACAGAUUUGUACAUUCAUGACAAAUCCUGUUUAACUGCUCCAGAGAAUAUAAAUGUUAUUGUGGAAUACACUUGUUAUUAAAAAUGAACCCAAUAUCUGAAGUUACUGAGGUACCAGUGGGGUCAACAGUGGUAUUAAAGUGUGGCAGUAAUGAUUAUAAUCACAACUUUUUGUUUUGGAUUCUAAAUAACAACACAAUCAUCGGCCCUGGAAAUGAUUUUAAUGAAAAAAAAUUCAAAUAUGAAGUAUUAUCUGGAAAGCUACAUAUACAUAAUGUUGCACCCACUGAAGCUGGCUAUUACCAAUGUAUAUCAAAGCACGUCGAUGGAUCAAGCCUUUCAGUUGGAGAAGUAGAAAUGAUAGUUCAAAGUCCUUCAUUCUCUGGUGGAGAUGCUAUAAAAGUGGCUGCUAUUAUUAUCUCUUUACUGGUAUUAAUUAUAUGUGCUGUGGUAUAUUAUCGAUUAAAGAAGGAAUGGAACCAAUAUAACCAUCCUGUUGAAGCAGAUGAAGAAGAUGAAGAAAAGCCUGAUGGUGAAGAAAUUUACAAUCGCACUACCACAACAAUCAGCCAGCCAGUGCCAGGUCCAAGCAGAAAUCCCUCAUCUGAACAUUUGAUAUAUGGAAUAGACAAUGAAGGUUUAGACACUGAUUUUAACUCAGUAUUUGAAAAUAUACAAAUAAAAUCACCAAGUUUAAUAUAAGUGGUUGUAAGUAACUUCAAAAACAACAAAUUUAUAUUUUCUCAUAUUUAUUAUUAUUUAGAACCUACCAUCUUAACUGGCUAUUUAUAUUAGAAGUGUAAAUAAAAUAAAAUUAAUUAUUACAAUAUACUAAGUAAAGUUUCAUAUUGCUAUUGUACAUUUUAUAACAUUGCUAAAAACAUAACUUUCACAUUUUGAUACUGUCAAUAUCCUUGU